AUGCUUUGCCCGAAGUGGAGCCUCAUGGCUGAGCUGUGGCUCUGUGUGGAAGCCCCCGGGGCGGACGACGAAAUCGUUUGCCUCUGCUCCAGGGCCUUCAUCGAGGAUCGCAAGUUGUACUAUUUAGGAUUGAAGGGGUUCUAUGUCAAAGAAGUUGACAGCAGCAAUAUAAGAGAGAAACAGCUGGAGGUGGAGGAAGAGGAUGACCUUCAUUUGCAUGAGAUAAAAGAACCUGGCUUCAACAGUGCUUUGGCUUUGGGAGAAGGUGAACUGGAUUCAGAGGCUGAACUCAUGAGGAGUAUGGGAUUGCUGCUUCAGUUUGGGAGUCUAUCUGCUCACAAGAAUUUUGAGGUUUCCAUGAAUACCAGAAACAAAACAACUAAAAUCAAAAAGAAGAAAAAGAAAAAAUCUCAACAGAAGUACUUGAAUGACAUUUUGCGAGAACCCUGGGAAGAUAACAUAUGCGAUGACGAAUUGGCUUCAGAUGAUCCAUCCCUAAUCCCUGAACAGUCAGAGAAAUCUGUCAUAUGUGAACUUCAGAACAAUGGGGAAGACACAGAAACUGGGAAACUGACUCCUAAAAAUGAAUUACCUAACAACCUGGAAGUUACAGAGAAAUGGGAAAAGUAUUGGAGUCAUUACGGAGAAGGACUGCUGCGGCAAAGCUGGCAGGAGAAACACCCUGCUUUAGAACUGGGAGCUGAAAUUUGGAAUUCUCCUGACACCAAGGAAAAGUGGGAGCAGCAUUACAGUGAACUCUAUUGGUACUAUUGGGAGCAGUUUCAGUACUGGGAAGUUCAAGGGUGGACUUUUGACAUUUCUCAAAGCACUGAUAUUAGUGAACAGAAAAAAGAAGUAAGUGACUUGCAAGACACAAGUUUCACCGAUAUAGACACUACGGAGGGACCACCAUUGGAUCGUCGUAUUUAUUCUGCAUCUCCAGCCAUUCCCAGUUAUAAAGAAAGCUCUAGUAGCACAGGGCAUAAUGAGGAAGUAGUUUUUGGAAUUAGUAACAUAAAUCUAAAUCCCGAAGAAGUAGAGCACGGCAAGUUAGACUUGGCGGAAAUUUAUACUAGCCAUCAGCAGCCAGAUUCAGCUAACAGUGAAAGAGAGAAUCCUUGUGUUUCCAACCAAAGUGAACCCUGUGAUGGAGGAAGCCGGAAAAGGUGCACGUCUGGAAACAAGCCCCAGCAGCCAGAUUCACAGGCUUCCUUGGGAACAUACACAAACAAGGAAACAUCACCCAGCAAUGAUAAGGGUGGAGAUGAUAGUGAAGAAGAUCCUCCAGAAUAUAAAUCAGUCAAGCUCAAAAGAAGCCAUGAGCUAGACAUCGAUGAAAAUCCAGCCGCUGACUUUGAUGACAACGGUUCUCUCCUAGGAUUCAAGCAUGGCUCAGGCCUAAAGAGAUAUGUUACUGCUUUAGGACACUUAAACAUAAAUAACCAAGUAUUGGAUGUUGUGAGAGUGCAACAUAAAUCAGAAACAAAGGUUCCUAUGGGUUGCAGUGAGAUGCCCUGUGAAUAUUACAUUUAA